AUGGCGAGGCGCAUCGCAAGCUCGAACCUAGGUGGAUCGGACACGUACCUCUACGCUUUGGCACACUGUGCCGACACCACCUUGGCAACCAUCAGCUCGGAUGACCGCCUCCAUCUGCUGGAUGCCACCAACCUCAAGACCCUGCAUACUGCUUCACAUUCCGGAGUUGCGUGUCUGCAGGCGGGAGGGCGCUCACAUCUUGUCACCGGUGGUCGAGAUGGGCUGAUCCGCUGCUGGGACACUCGUGCCAAGCAGGUCUCUCAAUUCGCAGAGCCGCGCUCGAAUGGAGUAUCAUCUUUGGCAUGUGUAGACAAUUACAUCGCUGCUGGGACUGAGAGCACGAAGGAAGGCUUGGGUGACGUGAGCGUGUUGCUAUAUGAUACCAGAAAUGCUUCUGCACCGCUGCGGCAGUACAACGAAUCUCACACUGAUACAAUAACUCAACUCACGUUUCAUCCGAACCAGCCAAAUUUGCUCUUGUCCGGAAGCACAGAUGGACUUGUUUCGAUCUUCGACGUCAACCACGCGGAUGAAGAAGAUGCCUUGCAGCAAGUGCUAAAUCCAAGGUCUGCUGUGCAUUGUGCGGGAUUCUUGGCACAGGACCAGGCCUAUGUGGUUUCCACGGAUGAACAAUUCUCAAUCCAUACGCUGGCCAAGACAGCCGCAGAGGACGAGCAGGUGCCGCCACCCAUCGAGUUCGGAAACGUCCGAGAGAAGCUGGAUUGCAUGUACGUGGUGAAUGUGCUGCUCCAGCCAGAUGGGCCACCGUUGAUGGCAUAUGGCGACACCGAGAAGCAGAGUCUCUCUAUCUCGUCACUUGGGCAUCCCGGUGCUUGGGGUUUCGGACAAAAGGUUGACCUUCCUGGUGGUCAUGGUGAGGAGAUUGUAAGGGAUCUACUGUUGAUAGGCAAGCGGGCUUUCAGUUGCGGAGAGGACGGGACAGUAAAGGCAUGGGAUCUUGGCUGGUGA